GACGUGAAUGGGGGCAGAUCUGUUGUUUACCCUAUUGUUUUACCAUUUUGUUAACAUUCCAGGGCGCCGGAUUGUUCUUGAGACCCACCGCGGUUUUCCGGCGUUCGAAUGGCGGUUCCUGAACCAACUAGGAGACCGUUUUACCGACACAUCCUUCUAGCAGUGGCUGGGAGUAUCUUCUGCUAUCUGCUCAUUACCUACAGUGGGUUGUCCUACUUUCGUCAGCCCGAAAUAGUACGGCAGACCACCGAGCAGCUGUUCAGCGAGGCUGAGCUGUUGGAGCACAACGGUUUAACUAGCAAGUCGCUCUACCUCGUUAUCCUGGGACACGUGUACGACGUAACGAAAGGCGCAAAACACUAUGGUCCCGGCGAAGCCUACCACAUGUUCGUAGGCCACGAUGCAUCGCGUUCCUUUGUGACCGGUGAGUUCGAGCGGUAUAGCGACGAGUUGAGCGACGUGUCCGGGCUUACCGAUGCCGAGCUGCAGCAGCUGCUCACGUGGAAAGAGUUUUACGACAAAACAUACCCGUACCUAGGGAAGGUGGCGGGCCGGUACUUCGAUGGUGCCGGCGGGGAGACCGAGUAUCUGCGGUUGGUACGGGCGCGAGUGGAGAAAGCGGCCGCCCAGGCCGCGCUUGAUGGCCCCAAAUAUCCGUCCUGCAACGUCGAGUGGAAAGUCGAGGUCGGAACGCGCGUCUGGUGCUCCAAUCGCAGCGGCACCGGACAAGAGCGGGCGUGGGUGGGCCGACCCCGGAAAGUGCUGCCCGGUCUCAACGAGUCUGGUCAUGCGAUGCAAUUUUGCGCCUGUCUGCCAGACGAUGCGACGGACCAGGCGAUGUACGUCCGCUUUCCGAACUGCGACGAAAACGCAGAAUCCUGCGUCAUACCUGAUCAGCAAUGAAAGAAUUCCACCUUCCAUUAACAUGCCUUACUCAUGACCCAAGUGCAAUUAGUAGUGUCCUUUUACAUGCAUUCUACGCACACUAGCAACAGACAGUAUUCGAAAGAUUCACCGCGAGUAUGAAAUGCGAGCCUUAAGCCCUGGAGGGUUACAUUCGAUUCGAUAAGACUUAAACGCGAGCAGGAAUCAGCACCGUAGUUCGUGUCCUCUUAACCUCGGCGUCGGACGCGGCAAACAAGCAAUAAAUGGAGAGGAGUUAUGAAUCUAA